AACUUAGUCAGAGCAACGGUAGAGUUGCAGUUCAGACAAAUCUCUGUGUUUAUGUCUGAAGAAAAUUCAACUAAGUUUAUCUGUUCUUUCUCAACAUCUGACUCAAAUACUGUGUGUAGACAUGUCUGCUGCCAGAAGUCUGAGAUCUGAGGAUCAGUUUAUGUGCUCCAUCUGUCUGGAUGUGUUCACUGAUCCAGUCACUACAUCAUGUGGACACAACUUCUGCAAACACUGCAUCACUCAACACUGGGAUACUACUGAUCUAUGCAAGUGUCCAAUGUGUGCAGAAAUUUUUGACACUAGACCUCAGCUGAAGAUCAACACUUUCAUCAGUGAGAUGGUUGCUGAGUUCAGACAUGAAGCUCAACAGAAAGCCAGCAGCAGCAGCUCAGAGCAACAAGCUGCCAAACCAGGAGAAGUUCCCUGUGACGUCUGCACUGGAACCAAACUGAAGGCCAUGAAGUCCUGCCUGGUGUGUCUGCUCUCCUACUGUGACUCUCACCUGGAGCCUCAUCUGACAACGUCACGCCUGAAAAGACAUCAGCUGAUCCACCCUGUGGACAACCUGGAAGACAGGAUGUGUAGGAAGCACGAUAAACCUCUGGAGCUGUUCUGUAAGACCGACCAGACAUGUGUCUGCAUGCUCUGCUCUGUUUUAGACCACAAGACACAUGAGUUUGUUCCUCUGAAAGAAGAAUAUGAAGGAAAGAAGGCAGAGCUGGGGAAGACAGAGGAUGAAAUUAAGCAGAUGAUCCAGAAGAGACAACUGAAGAUUGAGGAGAUGAAAGAGUCAGUGAAGAUGAGUAAAGAUGCUGCAGACAGAGAGAAAGCAGAAGGUGUUCAGGUCUUCACUGCUCUGAAGGAGUCUGUUGAGAGAGGCCUGGAGCAGCUCAUAAAGGAGAUUGAAGACAAACAGAAAACAACAGAGAAACAGACUGAAGGUUUCAUCAAAGAUCUGGAACAGGAAGUCUCUGAGCUGAUGAAGAGGAGCUCUGAGGUAAAGCAUCUCUCACACUCUGAAGACCACCUCCACCUCCUCCAAAGCUUCUCCUCCCUGAAAGCUGCUCCACCCACCAAGGACUGGACAGAGGUCAGCGUCCGUCCACCAUCAUAUGAGGGGACUGUUGUGAGAGCUGUGACUCAGCUGGAGGAGACACUCAGUAAAGACAUGAAGAAAGCUCAACUGAAGAGGGUCCAGCAGUAUGCAGUGGAUGUGACUCUAGAUCCUGAUACAGCACAUCCUGAACUCAUCCUGUCUGAUGAUGGAAAACAAGUUCACUGUGGUGACGUGUGGAAGAAACUUCCAGACAACCCAGAGAGAUUUUACCGCUAUCACAAUGUUCUAGGAAAGAAGAGUUUCUCUUCAGGUAGAUUUUACUUUCAGGUUCAGGUUGAAGGAAAGACUUACUGGGAUCUAGGAGUGGCCAGAGGGUCAAUCAACAGGAAGGGGAAAAUCACACCGAGUCCUCAGAAUGGUUUCUGGACUGUAUGGUUGAAAAAUGGAAAUGAAUACGAAGCCUGUGCUGGUCCUCCAGUGCGUCUCUCUCUUGGUUCUCGUCCUGAGAAGGUGGGGGUGUUUGUGGAUUAUGAAGAGGGUCUGGUUUCCUUUUAUGAUGUCGAUACUGCAGCUCUUAUCUACUCCUUUACUGGCUGCUCCUUCAAUGACAAACUUUACCCAUUGUUCAAUCCCUGUAGUAAUGAUGGUGGUAAAAACUAUGCACCUCUGAUCAUCUGUCCUGUUAAUCAAACUGUCUGAUCCAUUUAAUGAUGAAGCUUUGAGAUCAAUGAAUUAACUUAUUGAUCUUCACUCUUUAUUCCCACUCUGUACAUAUAUGCUUUAAUACUACAAUACUGGCACAGCUGAGAACACAAAGAUAUCAAUGCAUUAGAGAGAUACACUACAAACUGAUUAUUCUAGAGCUUGUUUUCUUUCGUUAAUGCUUUCAUUCCUUCAUUCUUCAGUUCAUCAGUUUAGAUUCAAUGAUGUUAAUGUUUUUACUCUGUUGAUUAGAUAGAUAGAUAGAUAGAUAGAUAGAUAGAUAGAUAGAUAGAUAGAUAGAUAGAUAGAUAGAUAGAUAGAUAGAUAGAUAGAUAGAUAGAUAGAUAGAUAGAUAGAUAGAUAGAUAGAUAGAUAGAUAGAUAGAUAGAUUUAUUCAUCUGCAAAGGGAGAUUAGGUCAUUCACAGGUGAUUCAUAAAACUUUUGUGUGGAAUUUCUGAUAAUUGUAAAAUGAGCUACUGUGUUAUAUAUAUGGUUUCUUUGAAUAAAGCUUUUUUUGAAUGCAAGAGAA